AUGGAAAGUGAGCAGUUUCCACUUAUAGAUGACACAGCUCGUGAUGAAACUGGAGGAAACUUGGGCCGACCCGGUGGCGGAGGAACUGUUUCCAGUCAUCGGCGCUUAUCUGUACUGCAUAUUCCGGGGCCGAAAAAUUUGCCCAGUAAUGAAGAGAAUGUGAGAUCAGUGAUUCAUCAGUGUGCACGGAACGGCAAAGGAAGUUCUUUGAAGGAGAAUCUCGAAAAACAUCCUGAAGUCAUCAAUAACAGGGAUCAGGACGGAUUUACCGCACUUCAUUAUGCUUGUCGUUAUGGUCACUGUGAGAUUGUGAGCUUUCUUCUCGAAAAGGGUGCGGAUCCUAAUAUAGAGAGUGGGGCUAAGCUAACGGCUCUGCACAUGGUUGCCAAAUAUGGCCGCGAAGGAUCUCGAUCAUCUCUUGAAUCAGAUGUACCGGUUAUUGAUAGGGGCAGUAGCAUAGAGAUGAUAAUCAGAUUGUUGAUUGAAAGAGAAGCGAAUAUAAAUGUAGGAGAUGAAUAUGCAUUAACUCCUCUUCAUUAUACAGCCAUGAAAGGUAACUUAAUUGCAGCUCAGGCUUUAUUGGAAUAUGGAGAAGAUAAAAUAGAUCUCGUGAUAGAGGAUAAUCAUGGGAUGACUCCUCUACUAACUUCUUGUGUUUAUGGUGCAGAUGAAGUAGCCGCACUUCUUCUGAAGAAAGGAGCAAAUUAUCGGCAUAUCAUUCAAGCUAAAAAAGAAACUGCCUCAACGGCCUUACACAUUGCUGCUCAACAUGGGAAUGCUCGUUGUGUUCGGCUUAUUCUAGAGAGAGCUACUAAGGGCGGUGAUUGCGAAACAUUAUUGAAAAUGCAGAAUGAUGAGGGGAAAACUCCUCUGUAUUUAGCAAUUGAGGGAAAUCAUCCCGUUACAGCCAAAGUAAUCCUUGAUCGGAUUUACAAAACAAAAGAAAACGCGAAAUUGGCUCUUGAAGGGAAAGAGAUAUGGUUAGUCCAUCUGACAGCCGAAAGAGGGUACUUAGACGCGUUAAAACUUCUUGUGGAGGCUGGUGCUGAUUACAACCUCCAAGACGAUGAUGAACGCAUCCCUAUUCAUAUGGCAGCAAUGCAUAACCAUGUCGGCAUAGUCGAAUAUUUAUUAACUAAGAAUAAAGAUAUGAUGGAAGCUCGCGAUGAGCGAGGGUUCACCCCACUGUUGCUUGCAGUAAGUUUCCACGAUGCCAUCAAUGUUGCUAAGGAAUUAAUUGAGCAACAUGCAAACUUAGAGGUAACUGAUAAUGAUGAGAGAACUGUCAUAUUCAUUGCUGCUAAGUUCAACUCUCGUCGAUGUCUUGAGCAUAUUUUAAACCUGAUAAAAAAAGCGUCAAGCCCCAGAAGAAUUCACCCCACAUCUCUACGCCUACCUGCAGCUUCUCGUAGUUUGGAUGAUAUGGUAAAUCAUCAAGAUCAUAAUCAAGAUGCUCCUAUGCAUGUUGUUUGUGGUAACGGAUAUUUAGAAGUUUGCCAGCUUUUAUUUGAUCAUGGGGCUUUUAUUGAUAUUUUGAAUGAAGAUGAAGAAACGCCAAUUCAUCGAGCCGCUCUCAGAGGACGAGUAGAUGUUUUAAGACAACUGGUGGAAUGGGAUAGACGUUUGGUCACUGCUAAAGACGAGAAAGGAUAUACUCCCUUACAUUGUGCUGCUCAAGAAGGUUUUGACGACGCUGUUGUUGUUUUAUUGGAUGCUGGAGCCGAAAUAGACUCUCGAAAUGCUGAUGAUAAAAGUCCUCUACAAUUAGCUGUUAUGUAUAAUCAAUUAGAUACAUUACGAGAAUUGGCAAGAAGAGGAGCAGAUGUUGAUCGAAGUGGAGAAGACGGAAAUAGUCCUUUGCUAGAAGCAGCUCGCAACGGUAACGAUGAAAUAGUUCGUUUCUUAAUUAAUGAUAGGAAUUGUGAUGUUUGUAAAAGAAAUGACAAAAAACAGACUGCUCUCGACUUGGCGCUAGAGAAUAAACACAGAGAUGUUGUGCGAACGUUGAUCACAUCAGAGUAUUGGAAAGAUUUGAUACAUCCACGGGAUGUUAUCGAACUGAAUAAUGUUAAAGCUCCGAAAAUACGUAAAACACCUAUGAGACAAUUGAUGUCGACGUUUCCCGAGCUAGUUCCAGCUAUACUUGACAAAUUGAUAACACGAAAUGGCGAGCCACAGGACUAUAACUUUACAGUUGAGUAUGACUUCACCUAUCUGGAUGACACAUUCAUGAUGCCUGACUCUGGCUAUCUAAUUAAUGAUGAGAGAGAUUUCGAGACUCACGAUGAUAUAUCCCAAAAAGAUUUGGAAGUUAAAACUAAAAAUAUUCGAUUACUGGGUUCUAUUGAUCCUUAUGAACAAGAUGGGACUAGUCUGCGAACAGAGGCUCAACUGUACAGCAAGAAGCACGAAGUUAUUUACAUGAACCAUCCUUUAAAAUUGAUUGCGAAUUCCGAAAAAAUUACUUUGCUUUCUCAUGAGUUAGUUGAUGAACUUAUAAAGUAUAAAUGGAAUAGUGUGGGACGUCAAGUAUAUUACACUGCAUUGUUCUUCUACAUGGUUUUCAUUAUGCUCUACACAAUUUAUGUCACCCACACUCCAGCUCCUUAUAACGUUUUUGAUAAAAGAGAGAACGGCUAUGUCGAUAUCAGUCUUCAAUUGGAAGCUUUUAAUGGAACUUGUUCCGAUCUAGGUGUCGAACGACCACAAUGGGUUGCAGCGCUUAAAAUCAUAAUCAUCAUAAUCUCAUCCUGUGAACUACUUAAAGAGGCAUAUCAAUUGUACUCUAGAUGCUUAGCAUAUUUUUCAUUUGAAAACUUUGUUGAAUGUUUUAUUUAUUCGUCGUCCAUCAUAUCAAUAUUGGAUUUCACGGAAUGUGCAGCUACAGCUGGAAUACCUUUGUCUUGGCAAUGGAAUUUGGCUGCAGUUUGUUCAUUUCUGGGAUGGAUGAACGUUUUGAUGUUAAUUAGAAAAACCCCUAAAUUUGGCAUUUACGUUGUUAUGUUCUUCGACAUCCUCAGUACUUUCUCAACGUUCUUCUUCAUCUUCGUACUCUUUGUCGUUUCUUUCAGUACAUCUUUCUUCGUAAUAAUGCAGAAUAGACCUGAAUUCGCUACGCCCUGGGAUGCUAUCAUAAAAACCACAGUCAUGAUGAUUGGAGAAUUCGAAUUCACAGCUCUUUUCUAUGGAGAUAAAGAAGUUCAUAUGGAGCGACUUUUUGGUCCGCAGUUAGCUUAUCCGUUGUUUCUGGGCUUUUGUAUUGUUAUGACUAUUCUUCUGAUGAACUUACUGGUUGGUCUUGCUGUUGAUGACAUUAAAGCUGUUCAGGAAAAGGCGGAACUUAGAAGAAAAGUCCUAAUGGUUGACUUGGUGUUACAAGUAGAAAUCACAAUGCCGUGGCUACGCCGUAAAAGGGCCGUUGGAAAGUAUCGCAUCUUUAAGAACCAACAGGGUUGGAUCAAAAAAAUAAUAAGCAAAUUUGACUUCAUGUCUGGAAGAGGUGAAGAUAGUGAUGUGGAAAAUACUGAAGAAGAAGCAGUAAUUGCGGAGUUCAGGGAUGAUUUGAGAUAUCAAGGAUCUCAAAUAAAGAACCUCCAAGAAAACAUUGACUAUAUUUGGGAAAAAGAGUUGAAGCUUGAGAGAAUGUUGAAAGCCAUUCUGAAGCAUCAUAAGAUUGAAACAGAAGACUUCGAUAGACGUUGA